UGCCAUUUCCUUCUCUCUCCGUCCAUCCAUUUUCCGAAUUCCACCCUUUUUUUUUAUUUGCCUCUCUCACUCUCUUCCUCAGCCCUUCUCUCCUCCUUUUUCUGCUCUGGAAAGAAAGUGUUCGAACACUCUUCCAUUUCUCACAAACCAUUGAAAUCGAUUCCGAGCCCGCACGGAUUUUUCGAUCGGUUCCACGGUAGAAGAUCUCGGCGCCUUUGCGGAAUCCCCCAAGAUUUAUGGAUAUCAGGUUUUGACAGGGGAAUUGGUGAGGUUUCUGGGAUUAUAGGGGCCUUUAUUGGGGCGAAUUAGGGUUUUUGAUAAAGGGGGUUUGUUCUUGGUGGGUUGAGUGGAAGACGAGGACUUUGGACUGAUGAGAAUUGAUAGGGGGAUGCAGAGAUUGUGCUGCGUGGAGGAGAGCGUGCUGGGCUGGAAGAAGUCGUUCAGUCGAGGGAUUGGCACUGGGGCGCCCAAGGUCAGAACUCGUAAUAAAGGGAUGACUGAGGCUUGGAGGUUUUGAGUUGUCAAGCGGUGGAAUAAAAGAAGUCCAAGAGAAGGAAGGCAUCAGAAGGAUUAAGAUUUUUGGCUGAACAAGAUGACUCGUAUCUUUGUCCAUCGAGGUUCAGCAGGUUCUUCCUCAAAUGCCAAUCGCCCCCCCUCUACUUCACUGCCGCCUGCUUCAGCAGCUCAGGCUGCCUCAACUGCGAAGGAGGAGGAGCGAGACAAGGAAGUCCUUCAAGAACAAGGUGUUCUAGGUGAUAGCAUAGAGCAAUGUGGAAGUUCUGAGGAUAAAUCUGUAAAGAAUGAUGAGCUUCUGCCCGAAAUUUCCCAGGGCAUCCCGAUUGAAAGGGGGCCUGAUCAACGUGUUGAUGACAGGGUAGAAUCUUUAAAAGAUGAUGCAUUGGGUUCUGCAGUUCUGGAGGAAGAAUUGGGUAGGUUUCGGGUGUCUGAGCGUUCAGAUCAUGAUGAAAGGGUGCAUUCUGGUAUUGGAUCUUCCCGGAUUGUUGCAGGAGGUUCUUACCCUCCACCUCCUCCAGUGCCUCCUCCAAAGCCAUCUGCAGCAAAUAUGAGCCCAAGGAGAACGGGUUUGGGGUGUUCGAAUAGUGCGAGGAUUGGUCCUUCCAGAAGGCCAUCAGCGAGGCCUGUAGUCUCAACGCGUUCAUCACCAUCAGGUUCUCGGCCUUCUUCUCCCAGGUCAUACGGAGAAGGCGAAGGUUACAACAGUGCUGAUGAACAGAGCCCUUGUUAUGUGUCCUCGUAUGAUGAUGCAGAGCGAGAACGUCAGUUUGAACUUGAGAUAAGACGAACAAAGGGAUUUGAAGUUAAAAAAAUGUUGGAGGAUGGGAAUUGUCUAUUCCGUGCUGUGGCUGACCAAGUUUAUGGUGAUCCAGAAUCGUAUGAUAUGGCUAGGCAAAUGAGCAUUGAUUAUAUGGAAAAAGAGAGGGAUCAUUUCUCUCAGUUUAUAACUGAAGGAUUUACAUCUUACUGUAAGAGGAAAAGGCGGGACAAGGUCUAUGGAAAUAAUGUGGAGAUCCAGGCUUUUGCCGAGAUGUAUAAUCGUCCUAUUCAUAUAUAUUCAUACAGCACGGAACCUAUUAAUAUCUUUCAAGGAAGCUAUAGCACUGAUAUGCCUCCCAUUCGGUUAAGUUACCAUCAUGGCAAUCAUUACAAUUCACUUGUUGAUCCACACCGAUUAUCAAUUGGUGCAGGCCUUGGAUUUAGCUGUCUUCGUGGGACGAACAUUGGUAAGGACCAGGUGAAGGCUGCUAUCAAAGCCCAGCAAGACCAGCAGAUUAAUAAUGCCCUUCUAGCUGAGGGGCGUUUUUACUCUGAUCUGGAGCUGACUGAGAAGGAAAUAGAGCGGAUGGUUAUGGAAGCUUCACGAGCUGAAUAUCUGGCUGAGGAGAAGAUGAAACAACAGCUUGCUUUCAGAGAAUCUUCCACGUCAGGAGCAGAACCAUCAUCUUCUGGAGCAACAGCUGGGAUGGGGUCAUCCCAAGCAGUUUUGGAGGGUGGAAGUGAAAAGGCACCGUCAUCUGACAUGAUCCUCACCAGCAGCAUGCAGGUGGUCCUAUCAAUGGGUUUCGGCUAUAUGCAAGUUAUCGAAGCUUACGGCAUCUUUGGUGAUGAUGUGGAUUCCAUGAUCUGCUACCUGCUGGAGAUGGGAGGUACUGGUGCGUUACCUGGUGGUAGCAAUCGACGCAAAGGAAAAGCAGCAGAGUGAACCUUGGACCAGAGAGAAAUGUUUAGAUAACAUUAAUAAAGUUAAACAUGUAAAAAAGCAUUGCUUUCUUAGGGUGAUAAUGUUCCGAUACUCAACAAAAUGAGUUCAAUAAAUGCUAACCUGGACUUUCAGAUGCCUA